AUGAUGUCCUCGACAAACGAGGAGGACCCUUUCCUCCAGGUCCAACAGGACGUCCUCGCCCAGCUCCAGCAGACCCGGCCGCUCUUCUCCUCCUACAUCCGCAUCCGGUCGCUGACGUCGGCGCCGUCCAACCCCGAGCUCGCCGCCGCGCGCUCCGACCUUGAGGGCGCCCUCGAGUCGCUCGCCGAGGACCUGGCCGACCUCGAGGCCGCCGUCAAUGCCGUGCAAUCCGACCCGGCCCAGUACGGCCUCAGCGCCGCCGAGCUCAAGCGCCGCCAGCGGCUGGUGCAGGAGGUCGGCGGCGAGGUCGAGGACAUGCGGGAGGCGCUGUCGUCGCCAGGGCCCGGAGGCGGCAGCAGCAACGCGCGGGCGGCGCGCCAGGCGGCGUCGGGCGACCUGCCGGACCCGAACGCCUUCGCCAUCGACGAGGACGGCCACGAGGGCGGCGGCGGCGGCGGCGACGACUACGCGGCCGAGUUCGAGCACCACCAGCAGCUGCACAUGAUGCGCGAGCAGGACGACAUGCUGGACGCGACGUUUGUGACGGUCGGCAACAUCCGGCGGCAGGCCGACGACAUGGGCCGCGAGCUCGAGGAGCAGCGCGAGAUGCUCGAGGUCGUCGACUCCCUGGCCGACCGCGUCCAGGGCCGCCUGGCCACGGGCAUGCAGAAGAUGGCCUACGUCGUGCGCAAGAACGAGGACCGCUGGAGCGGCUGCUGCAUCGCCGUCCUGAUCAUGGUGCUGAUCAUCCUGCUCGUGCUGCUGCUGAUCCUGUAA